AAAAUGCACUAGGUUCUUAUCUGCAGUGCAGCACGUUCUGUAGUUUAUAGUCACGGUAUUUCCCACUAGACCAAACAAUCGCUUCCGUUUGAAGUUAGUUCGGUUUUACCAGUUCACUUAUUAACUUAUCGACAUGUGAGAAGGAUACAAAAUUCAAGACCUUUACAAAAGCAAGUGAUCUUUAAACAAUAGAAAAACAUUUUCUGUACAGUAUUCCCUGUGGUGAGAAAAGUGUACCAUCGCCCAUUUAUCAUCGUAACCUGCUGCUAUUUGGUCUACCUAUUAAAUAAGAAUUCAGCUGAAAAGGAAAUAGCAACAGGAUGUUACCGGUAACAGUGGUCAUCUUAUUUCUGGUAAAAUCUUCCCAGCAGGUUGAUUACUGCAGCCCCUCGUUAUGUCCGACCGGAAUUGCUCAUAUUGCUUGUAAAGGGCUAUUGACGUUGGCAUCAUCAUGUGGAGCGGGUUCCCAGGAGUUAGUUCUUGACCCGGAUGAACAAGCACUGAUCGUGGACUUACACAACAUGCUUCGUAGCAAGGUUGCUACGGGGCAGCAGGAAUACACUGCGGGCAGAUACUACUCGCAAGCUGCCCGUAUGGGUACAAUGGUAUGGAGCGCUGAGUUGGCAAAUAUUGCAGCAGCUAACGCGCGGCGAUGUGUUUAUGGCCAUGACAGAUGCCGAAACACUGCAACACUCAAGGCUGUAGGACAGAAUAUAGCCAUGAAAAGUUACUACGGCAUGACAUUUUCCGAUACUGAUCUAAUCAACAUAUUCGUUAAUGCUUGGUAUGCAGAAGCUGCCAGCGCCAAUACCACUCUGAUCGCAAGCUAUCCAAAUCCUUUUAGCUACAAUGGUCCUGUCAUUGGCCAUUUCACCCAGAUUGUUUCGGAUCGUACGACACAAAUCGGAUGUUCCUUAGUGAGCUACAUUACUUCACCAUGGAUUAGAAAGUAUUUUGUGUGCAACUAUUCUCUGACCAAUAUCGUUGGCCAAGCUGCCUACCAAGCUGGGAUUGCAUGCUCUAAGUGCACGUCAGGCUGCAGUUCUAAGUAUCCGGGAUUGUGCAACGAAACUGAGGCUAUUAACUCGAACCCGUGAAAAUAAAAUCGUUUUGCUGUUUGUUCUAACUCUUUCAUAUGAUAUCAAAACAACUUUUUGGAUAUGAUCGGUAAAUUAAGUAUAUACAAAUUUUGUGUCCUUUA